CGACAAAUGCUAAUCUGCUCUUUAGUUUCAGUUGAAGUGACCACUUGAAUAGAUACGUCGAUACGCAAAUUAACAUCAAAAUGAAAGCAUUUCUACUGAUAUUAGUGCUGAUAACUGUAAUCGCUGCAGCAUUUUCGGAAAACGUUAAUCGAGAAAUGUGCAAUCUACCGGAACGAGCUGGACGCUGCAUGGCUUACAUGCCCAGAUUUCGAUAUAAACCAGACACGAACGAGUGCAUCCAGUUCAUCUAUGGCGGUUGUGGUGGGAAUGGCAAUAACUUUUUCACGAAAGAAUCAUGUGAAGAAGUAUGUAAAGUUUAAAAACUUCUUCAUAAUUAGUCCACCAUGCCUUGCUCAGCGUUAGAGAAGUGUAAAAGGUAGCUCUAUAUUAUCCUGGAUGAAAUGGAAGUUAAAUAAAAUUUUCCAAAUACCAUAAAUA